UCAUAUGACGUCCUCCCAUUUUCACCACGCAUCCGCGGCUCCGGGAGCAGGAGAGCCAGUAAUCAGAAUUCCUCAGAGGGGACAUCUACACUGAUCAUCAGGGCACUGAUGAUCAGUGGUGCCCUGAUGAUCAGCGUAGCCCCAUCAGUGCCACCUAUCAGGGUCCAUCAAUGACAGCUGUCAGUGCUCAUCAGUGCCACCUGCCAGUGCCCAUUAGUGCCACAUCAAUGCCACAUAUCAGUGCCUACCAGUGCACAUCAAUGCCACAUAUCAGUGCCCAUCUGAGCUGCCUUUUAGUGUCACCUACCAGUGCCAGUCAGUGCCACCUAUCA